CCGACACCACACUCGCCGUCCCGCAAUGAACUACGGCGGCGGCAGCAGGAGCAGCAGCCGGCUCCGGGACCGGCUGGCCCGGAUGUUCCGCCCGAGCGCGCUGCUCCGCUCCACCUGCAACACGGCCGCCGCCGCGUCCUCCUGCUCCUCCUCGUCUCCCGCGUCCACGGCCAAGCCUCCGCCUCCGCCUGUGGCUGCGGCGGCCUCCGCGUGCUCCUCCAGCCGCGCGCUGCUCGGCGCCGUCGUCGACGGGGACUCGUCGUUCCUCGCCUCCUCGCGGCGCGACCUGGCCGUCGCCGGCCGCGCCGAGUCCUUCUCCGCCGCCGUCGACCGCCGCCGCCGCAGCCGCAGCAGCCUGGACGCGGCGCCGCCGCCCUCCCGCUUCUCUGUCGACGCGCCGGCGGCUCUGGCGGAGACGGGCCGGGACAAGGAGGAGAAGAAGAAGAAGAAGAAGAGCCCGCGCGACGACGACGACGACGAGCACCGGCUCGGUGUCGGUGGCAGCAGCAAGAACGACAGCAGGAUGAAGCUGCUGCUGUCCAACCCCUACGGCUUCAGCAGCUCCGACGACACCGACGUCUUCAGCAGCGACGGCGAGGACGACGACCGCGCCGCCGGCCGCGGCAGCAAGAGGCCGGGCGAGUCGGCGGCGGAGACCUUCUUCUCCUCGUCGCGAAGCUUCUCGUCGGACUCCUCCGAGUUCUACACCAAUAAUAAGAAGCAGCACAAGAAGAAGACGGCGACGAAGGCGAAGGCGAAGGCGAAGGGAAUGGCAAAGGCAAAACCCCCUGCAGCAGCACCCUCCGACCGCAGUAGCAAGGCUCCGGCAUCGUCGUCCCGCCGCCGUCCCCAGUACCACCGGCGCGCGGCGAGCAGCUGCGACACGUGCGGCGUGCGCGACGGGUUCCGGCCCGUGGUGGUGGUGUCGGCGGCGGCGGAGGAGCAGGUGCGCAGGGGGUUCGCGGUGGUGAAGCGGUCGCGGGACCCGUACGGCGACUUCCGGUCCUCCAUGGUGGAGAUGAUCGUGGGGCGGCAGCUGCUGGGCGCGCCGGACAUGGAGCGCCUGCUGCGGUCGUACCUGUCCCUGAACGCGCCGCGCCACCACCCCGUCAUCCUGCAGGCCUUCUCCGACAUCUGGGUAGUCGUCCACGGCGGCUAGGUACCUAGCUAGCUAGCCUUCACGUGCACCGGCCGGAUCGGUCCGGCUAGCUAGCUGUGCCGGACCAUGCGCCUGCAACUUCGUCCGCCAUCGUCGUCUCGUCGCCAAUAAGCCUGCUGUCCUGUCCAUGCAUGUUCAUGCGCGAUUAACCUGCCUUGUUGUUGUUAUUAUUAUUAUUUGUUAGUUAAGGCGAGGGCUUGUCAAUGAGCUCAAGUUUGAAAUCAAUCCUGUGCGAGCGAGCACUGCUGCCGCCUUUCCUUUUAUUAUAUGCAUGCCACCAUUUG